AUGUCGCGCAACUUCUGCACAGAAGUGUUUGAUCGUAUCCAGGUUACCGAUGACAUCCUAAAGGAUGCUGCCCGGCUCUUUACCGAGAACUAUGGGAUCUGGGGUCAUCAUAAUGGCGCUGUCGGCAAGCCAGGCGGCCGCGUGAAGAUGACCGCAUCUCGCCUCAGAGCCGAAUGUCUCCCCGAAGGAUCACAAAGCUCCUAUGCAAGAGUGAUUGUGAAUGGAACCCUGGCAGGACACGCCUUUGCCUGCCGUUGGCGAUACGACAACCGCCAGGUCUGCUGGAUUACUCAGCUUGUCGUUCAUCGAGACUAUCGGGAGCGGCGUCUCGCGACCAUGCUUCUCCUCGCCCAUUUUGACAAGGUCGACGAGAUAUUCGGCAUCGCAAGCUCUCAUCCUGCUGCCUGCAAAACGCUUGCCAAGGCCUUUGGAAGUACUUCUGAUUCAGUAGCUGACUUGGCAAGUGUUAUUUCAACCGAGCCAGAUCUCGUGUUGCCCCAGACCGCUUUGGAGUACGCAAGGCAACAUGCCCGAGGUGUCCUGGCGGCAUCUCCAGUCCGCUAUAUCAAGAACGCCAGCCUUCGAGGAAGUCUCUUCGACGCGGGAGACACGACCGGUCUCAAGUGCGGGGUGGAUACAAGCUUCUUCGUCGACCACGCUGAACCAGUAGCUGCACUUGCACGGGUGAAAGCGUCUGGCGAAUGGCCACUUGGUGACUUGCCUGAUGGCCAUGAAUUUCUACUGCUAUUUGAUGUGGCACGGGAAAAGCGCCAUCAGUGCACCCAUGUGUGCGACAAGGCACUUGCCUAG